AAGCUGGAUUACUUGGAGGAGAAAGGCGGGAGAGAGAGAAGAGGCAGAAGCCAAGGCAGCUGAAAGAAGAAACCUCCAGAGCUCUGGAAGAUUCAGCCAAGUCUGGUUGGCUCGAAGUUGAUGUUCCUCAAGGUUGUUGAUGUUCCAGAUGCAAUGCAGUACAGUACAGAUGCAACCAGACAGCCAAGGGACGUGAUGUCAAUUUAGCAGAAGGAUUGUCAAUGUGGGAAUUAGAAUCCUGGAGAUGAGACGGUGGUCCAGUGGAAGACUCGGAAUGCCACAUAGUAGCAAAUGGAGACGCAGGUCUACCAGGCCUCCUCCGAGAAGCUGCUGGGAGGUAGGUGCUGCUGACCUCCUCUUCAGGGAUGCUUUGCACAAAAUUCCAUCAAUUCUUCCUUGUAAAGCAAGGAGAGAAAACAUACGUUCUUACCUGUGCCCCUCUUCUUAGCAAAAAUGGAACUAAAUGGCACCCUUGGCAAUAACAACAAGAACUGCAUAAUUGAAAACUUCAAGAGAGAUUUCUACCCCAUUGUGUACCUGAUCAUAUUUGUCUGGGGAGCCUUGGGAAAUGGCUUUUCCAUAUUUGUUCUCCUGCAGCCUUAUAAGAAGUCCACAUCCGUGAAUGUUUUCAUGUUAAACCUGGCCAUUUCAGAUCUCCUGUUCACGAGCACACUACCCUUCAGGGUUGACUAUUAUCUGAGAGGCUCCCAUUGGAUAUUUGGAGACCUGGCUUGCAGGAUCAUGUCCUACUCCUUGUACGUCAACAUGUACAGCAGCAUUUAUUUCCUGACCGUGCUAAGCAUUGUGCGCUUCUUGGCAACUGUUCACCCCUUCCGGCUUCUCCAUGCCACCAGCAUCAGGAGCGCCUGGAUUCUGUGCGCGGUGGUUUGGAUUUUCACCAUGGCUUCCUCAACAAUGCUUCUGAACAGCGGCUCUGAGCAGAAGGACAACGCCACUUUAUGCUUAGAACUGAAUAACAGUAAAAUUGUUAAACUGAAGAUCAUGAACCAUGUCGCCUUGGUGGUGGGCUUCCUGCUCCCGUUCUGCACUCUCAGCGUCUGUUACCUGCUCAUCAUCCGAGCCCUGCUGAAGGUGGAGGCAGGGCUGCGGGUUUCCCACCGGAAGGCCCUGAUCACCGUCAUCAUAGCCUUGAUCAUCUUCCUCCUGUGCUUCCUGCCCUACCACAUCCUGAGAACCCUCCACCUGGUCAUAUGGAAAGUGGACACGUGUGGAGACUGGCGGCAUAAAGCCGUGGUCAUCACCCUAACCUUGGCGGCAGCCAACAGCUGCCUCAACCCUUUGCUCUAUUACUUUGCGGGGGAGAAUUUCAAGGACAGACUAAGGACCACAUUCAGAAAAUGCCAGUCACGGAAGGCAAGGACAAAGUGCGGGUUUCCUGUUUGUUUGUGGUCGAAAAAGGAAACAAACGUGGAAGGCGUUAUUAUAUGAGGCUUGUUCUCAUUUCCUUGUAUCCAUCUUCAUUCGCACAUAGUCUCCAAGGGACCUUGUGUUUAUACGGUUACACAUCCCAGCAUUUAAUGGUUAAUGCCGCUUUGUUACUAAGACCUGUGUCAAAGUUUAAGCCAGUUAUGGUUUCAGUGGUUGAGUCUAAAUGGGGGAUGUAGGAGAAAAAUCCUUAUUAGAGCCUUGCGUGCUGAAAUGUCAGAUUGGGAGAAAAGUGCUGAGCAUAGUGGAUUGCUGUUUUUCAUCAGAUUCUGUACCAGAUCCCUGGCCCAGCAGGGAUGCUGAAUUCCUAACUUUUAAGAUGGCCCUCAUGUCCCAGCUUCUCCAGCUCCACUCCCCUCUUCAACUCCCUGAGAGAUGGCUAUUGAUCAAAGCUACUGCAGGACCCAGAGCAGAUGAGCAGUGCAUUCUAAUAAUUCGGGAGAAAGACUUCGAUGGUGGAGCAGAAGGCUAACCCAUAACUGAGCAAAGUCAAGGCUCCAAAUGGGCACAGUGAGAGAAAAUGGUGGAGAAGGAUUGAGAAAAGAGAGAAAGCUGGUGAGAAUUAGGGAGGAGAAUAAAUUUCAUUUUUCACUGGACGAGGAGCUAUCGUACACUGAAGGCAAGAAUUUUCCCAUUGCUUCUCUUUGGCCAGGGUGUUAGGAAGGAUAGGAAGAGUAGGAGAUGGACUUGAGGCUUUGCUCUAGCAGACAGAGGGAAUGUGGGUGUGGGGAAAGAAUAGGAAGCAUGAUUGUGUAUCUCAGUUUUACUCCUUUGCUGCAGUUUUCACUCCUGCCAGUUAAUCCACUGAGAUGAAUUAAAGCAUAAAGGAGAUAGCUUCAUGGGUUUGUGUUGGGCACUCAGGGAAAGCAUAGGGUUGAGGGCAAGUGCAAAGGUUGUUAAACCCCGAAAUUCUAUUAAUAUUUUGGCAGAACAUGAGUGGAGAGGUGCUACCUUCCCCUUUGAGAGAGUGUAGAAAAGCACUGGAUUGUCAAAGGGGACUUUUCUGUCCACUGAAACAAGGCUAAGGAUAUGACCAACAAUUGAGUGCUGUCUCAAGGCUGGGCAGAUUGUGCCAAGCACUUUACAUUCAUUGAUCCCAUCUAACUCUUCCCCCAAAGACCUAGGUUUCCAUUUUAUGGGUGAGGAAAGUGAACAUCAAAGAAAUGAAGAUAUAGUAGUGAGAGUUUUUAAAAACUCCUCUGGGCUGGGUGCUUUCCUUACCACCCACUGAUGCAAGCCUCCAGAAUGAUUGUUGGAAGUUGAAUGAGAGCCACCAGGCACAAGAGAAGAGAAGUUUCCUCUCUGCAGUUGUUGACUCCAGGCCCAGGGGAGGGUGAGGAGAUGCUAUUCUGAAGCGAGGGAAGGAUUAAGUGAAAGUUUUCACACUAAACCAGAACCCCAUUGCCUUUCCCUCACUCCGUAAGCAGAAUGCCAACUGCCAGACUCCAUCUCUGUCAAGGGCUGGAGGACCCUCCUGGGGGGAAACCCUUCAAUCCAAGGAAAGGGCUGAAAGAUGAAGUUGGGGAUCCCCGACACUAAUGCCGUCAACUUACAGUGACGCCAACAAUAUGACUGGCCCCUUCCACUCUUGGAAAGCACCUAAUAAACCUUUUUGAGCCUCACUCUUAAUUACGAACAACAGGUGAGAAGAACAGGAGAGAAGUUGGGGUGGAAGGAUAGGGCAGAGACUUCUCUUUUCCUCUCGAGAACUAUUUAAUUGUCUAAUCUGUGAAUAUGUAUUAUCAAAAUAAAAUUAAAAUUAAGUUAAAAUUAAA